AUAGCUACUACUAGUGGUCUCGACACAGGAACAGCAUGAGGACACAUAAAUUCCAAGAUGAAAACCUGAUAAGUAGGUUCUCACAGCGAGCACAAGGGCACGCAACAGUCAGCGAUGGAUCAAAGUCUUUCUGAGGUCGGUCUCCAGAACUAUUACCAGCUACUCGCCGAUAACGGUUUGAUAUCCCAGUCACAAGCAAGCCAACCACCUCAAAUACCCACUUCACCAUCCAUACCCGACUAUCCUCGCUGUCCCAUCUGUUCGCAUCUUCUCAUCACAUGUCAUGGUUGUUCGAAUGUCACCUGCGACAACAGUCACUGUAAAGGUGCUGACCUCGUUAGUUUUGUGUCUUCGUGUCACUCGUGCUUUUCGACCCUUGCCACGGCGAAGAUGUGCAGCCAGCUCGACUGUUUCUCUCGCGUACAUCUUACUGGUGGUGUAAUCUGUCCUGAUUGCGUCAGCCCCACGGACGGUCACAUACUUUGUCUCUGCAGGGACAACUGGAUUUGUGGCGCGUGUGCCACUCAAAAUAAAAUUCUGGACAGGUGUGGACGCUGUCCAAAAUGUCAGAACUAUUUUUGUUUUUUUGGGUGCAAAUAUAUCGGCGUGUGCGCGGACUGUUGCAAGGUGACACUAUGCAACGAUUGCAUGGAAGAAGAAUUAUCUGAUCGGGAGGAGUCUUCGCGCGCAAACAAUAGCGCAUUCCUCGUGGCGACGUGCGAGGGAUGUCAGUCCAGAAUCUGUAUAGACUGCUUUGAUGAGCGCGAAUCCCGUUGUGAAUCUUGCAACAGUAUUUAUUGCAAGGAUUGCACUGACUAUGACGAGUGUCCGGGAUGUGGGGAGUUUAUGCGCGUAUGACUUGCGCCACAGACGACUCGUAUGUGUUCAUGAGUGCGAGUAAUAUUUCUAGUUUUACACGUGACAGCUCAGGAAUCCCGCAGCCGAGCGAACCCUGUGGACUUGGAAUCGACCA